CGUAUCCUAAAUUUUAAACCCAACUUUCUAUGAAGAUAUCACUAAUAGACCUACUGUUCGUAAUUAAAUGUCAAUUGAACGAAUUUAUUAAAUAAGAUAUAUCACGACUAUGCAUUUGAGAUAGCAAACAUAAGGUUUACAUCUACUGUGUUAUGCUCAUUACAAGCAAGUUAUCCUAAGACAUGAACGACACAAAAUUUCCGAUUUCGUAUAUCCAUGGAAAGUACCUUCUGUUUGAUAUAGAAGCAAUUAAGUAUUUUCGCGAAAAGUAUCAUAUUCUUGGCAUUCUUUCAGGAACGCUUCCUCAACUUCCUCAACAAAACAUUUUUUUGGGUCUUCCUCUCCAGUUAAUGAAGGAGGAAGUAUAUUACUUAGUAAAAAAUGGAGCUGCCUUUAUUAUUAAUGAUGGAAACGUUCACGAAGAACAUUUUAAUAGUUUAACUGAUAACGACAGAAAAGCCAUUGCUGACGAGCGUCAGAAGAUGGCCAUUGAACAAAUGUUAACGGCACGUACUAAAGAAAACGAAAAGAAAAUACAAAUUAUGAAGAAAAUAAAUAAGGAAAUUCCUUUAGAUACUUUGGAAUAUGAUAGCACCAAACCUGUGAAUUUAACAAUGGUGCCAGUUGAUACAAACACAAAAGGGUUAAAAAGCGAUCACUUAGAAGCGUCUUCAAUUGGAUUACCAGAAAUUGAAAGAAGCAGGUAUUUAAUAUUUGAGUCUCUAGUGAUGAAUGGCUUUUUCCUUAACCCUGGUCUUCGGUUUGGUUGUGAUUUUGUUGCAUAUCCAGGCGAUGCUCUGCGGUUUCAUUCACACUUUUUGGUAAAUGGGUAUAAUUGGAACGACGAAAUCCCACUUUUGCUACUUAUAGGAGGUGGUCGUUUAGGGACCGGUGUCAAAAAAGCCUGGUUGAUCGGAGGGGAACAGGAACAGUGCAAUUCAGCUGCUUCUGAUGACAAUAAUUUAGAUAGAAAAUAUCGCCAAUAUUCAAUUGAGUGGUCAGGUUUUGGUUAAGCAUGCAUAAACUACCCCAGGAGAGAUAGGAUUUAUUAUUUAUUCGUAAUGCAAAACGGAAGUAAUUAAAUAAGCUACAUGAG